AUGGACGACGCGCUCCGGGAAAUCGCUGAAUCUUUGCUAGAUGACGUAUCCGAACGAGUGGUUCGAAGAUCCUCUAAACUUGUUUUGCAGAGUAGAGCGAAAAUUCAACUAAAGCCAGCUGAAGAGCCCGCACGCAGCUAUAUCUGUGUACUCCUAGCUGCCGAAGCGCAUAGCGGACAAGAAUUAGCGGCCAAACCACCAGUUCCCCCGGCAUUAUUCUCAAAACUAGUAGAAAUAUUCAGACAAGAGCUCGGGUUCAAAGAAACGGUUGUUGCAGCACCCGAAACACCGCGGAAACGCCGAAAAGACAACCCAGAGACCCCCGUCAAAACACCUCAGCGAAACCCACGAACUCCAGUGAAAACACCCCAGCGAACGCCUCAGCGAACGCCUCAGCGAACGCCCCGGACACCUCGAUCAAAAGAGCCUACGACAUCAGAUAUUAAGCGGCUGGCCGCAGAAAUGGGUCUGAAAGACAGCACCGUAAAGGCUAUUCAGCACGGCUAUUUACAGUACAAUCAUUUGGUAAAGGACAAAUGGGGCUUGCUUUUAGGAUUGGCCUACGUUGUAAUUUCUCGGGCAGAGCCUGAUCAGAAGGAACUACCCACCCGCUUGGCCAGAGCGGUGACUGUGGCCAGCGCCAACGGCCGCUUGGAGGAGUGGAUACAUUGGGCCUCGCAAAUAGCCACUGGACAAUCGUGGCUCACCAAAGUAGCAGUCGAGCCGGAGCCAAUUCGCCAAUUGUAUACGGGACCAGGUGAUUGGGAUUAA